AUGGCAUCUCCCGACCCCGUGGUUAUCCCCGGCGAGGUUCGGUUAAUCCUGGCAGAAGUAUCAACCGACGCGUCAACGUUCGUCCUCCAACCUACACCUUCCUCAGAUCCCAAUGAGCCGUUGAAUUGGUCCUCUUGGCGCAAAUGUCUCAACUUCGGCUUCACUAUCGCCGUUACGGUGGCCGCUUUCACCAACCUUUCCAUCCAAACCGUCUUUUGGCAGCAGAUGACUGUUGAUAUGGGCGUUACUAUCACACAGCUUACCUACUCUUCCUCGGCUCAGCUAGCUGGUCUAGCACUGGGAUGUUUGUUCUUUAUUCCGUUCACCAUCAAGUACGGACGACGACCUACUUAUGUUUUGUCUUGUAUCGUUCUUGCGGCUGUCACUUGGUGGAGUGCUAGGAUGGAGAGCUAUGCGGAGUUGAUCAUUACACAGAUCAUCACUGGUCUUGCUGGAGCUAUCAAUGAGACUGCUGUGCAGAUGACGAUUGCCGACCUCUUCUUUGUCCAUCGUCGCGGCUCUGCGAAUGCGAUUUACUUCACUGCCGUCAUGGUGGGCGCUUUCCUUGCUCCUAUGGCUGCGGGUACUCAAGCUGCCAAUCAAGGCUGGCGAUGGUCUUACUACAGUCUGGCCAUCUGCUUAAGCAUCCUCUCUGUCAUGUUCCUCGUAGCCUUUGAAGAGACAAAGUAUAUCCCCGUUACCCUGGGCCAGACUAAUGUCAUCGAUGAUGCAUCGGAAGAGCGUCCCGAAUCCAAAGAUGACAUGGACGAAAAGACCAAAAUGGAAAAGGUCAUCAGUGUCGCUACACAAAUUGACACCACCAUCCCUAUGAACUCAUGGCGUCAACGUCUUCGUCUUGCCACCACAACAUCCGAGUCCCUUCCUAAGCUGUUCAUGAUGCCUCUCUACGUUAUCGCCCUGCCCCACGUCAUGUUUACAGCUCUGCAGUUCGCCUCUGGAGUUUGUUGGCUUGUUGUCUUCAUGCAAGUCACAUCUAUUGUGUUCUCUGCGCCUCCAUAUCUGUUUACCACUGCCGGGGUUGGAUACAUGGCUCUUGGUCCAUUUGUCGGCAAUGUCUUUGGAAGCAUCUAUGGAGGACCAUUCGCUGACUGGGCCAUUGUUCGGUUGGCACGAAGAAACGGGGGCCUUUUUGAACCCGAGAUGAGACUUUAUCCUCUGGCGAUCACCACCAUUUUCAUGGCUGGUGGUAUCAUCAUGUUUGGUGUGACUGCUGACCGAGGCAUGCACUGGAUAUAUCCCUCUAUCGGCGGAGCCUUCUUCGCCUUCGGACUCGGUGCCAACGGCGACAUCACCUUUACUCUUGUCAUUGAUACAUACCGUGAGCUCACAGCUGAAGCUUUUAUCGGAAUCGCCUUUAUGCGCAACGCCGUCUCAGUCGCCGUUCCCUUUGCUAUCGUUCCUUGGAUGAACACGAUGGGAUUAUCUAACAUGUAUAUCCUGGCAGGCAUGAUCGCCUUUGCUAUUGGAUGUCUCUUCAUUCCCAUGAUUAUUUGGGGCAAGAAGAUCCGUACGGCUUUGGCGCCGAGAUACUGGAAAUUGGUUGCAAAGCGGUCUGAAAUUUGA